UGAAACAGGAUGGAAGAAAACUCAAGAGAGGCUUCACUUCCAAUGAACGCCGGUGGUAGUGGUGGUGGCGGCAACGGUGGCGAACUGCUCCAAGAUAUAGUUGGUGGAGUGUUAGACAACAAUAUUGACGGCGGUGGUGGUGGCGAACUGCUCCAAGAUAUAGUUGGUGGAGUGUUAGACAACAAUAUUGACGGCGGUGGUGGUGGUGGCGGCAACGGUGGCGGACUGCUCCAAGAUAUAGUUGGUGGAGUCUUAGACAACAAUGACAUCAGUGGAGCAAAACCAACGUCACCACUUUUGUUAGACUCACCACCGGAAAUGAUAUAUGAUGAACCGCGGUGGUCGUGGUAUUUUGAUUAAAGAUGAUGCUGAUAGGAGAAUCUAUAUAUACAAUAUAUAAUAUUGUGUACGGUAUUUUCAUUAUAAUAUUGUGUACGGUAAUUUCAUUGAUCAUUAUCCUCCUAUAUAAUAAAGGAAAAGUUGAUAGGCCACGUGU